AUGAGAGGUAGCCUGAAGAAUAUCUUUGCCAUCAUAGUUGUUGCACAGAGCAUACUUGGGAAUUUCAGCAAUGGAUUCAUAGUAGUGAUAAACUGCAUUGACUGGGUCAAAAAAAGAAAGCUGUCUUCAGUUGAUCAAAUUCUCAUGAUCUUGGCCAUUUCCAGAAUUGGUGCGAUCUGGCAAAUAUUAGUAAGUUGGUUUAAAACUGUGCAAUAUUCAUUUACAUUUAUGGCUGGAACAGAAUUAAGAAUUCUUGUUUUCGCAUGGAUAAUUUCCAAUCACUUCAGUCUCUGGCUUUCUACCAUCCUUAGCAUCUUUUAUUUGCUCAAAAUAGCCACUUUCUCCAGGCCUGCUUUUCUCUAUCUGAAGUGGAAAGUAAAGAAAGUGACUCUGACAAUAUUGCUGGGAAACCUGCUUUUCUUGCUUUUAAAUCUGAUAGAAGUAAACAAACACAUUGAAGACUGGAUGCAUCAAUUAGAACGAAACACAACUUGGAAUUGCAAAAUGAGUGACUUUGGAAUAUUUUCAAAUCUAGUCAUACAAAAAAUGAUUCUAUUCUCUCUAAUGCCAUUUACUGUGGCCCUGAUCUCCUUUUUCCUGCUAAUCUUUUCCUUAUGGAAACAUCUCAAGAAGAUGCAGCUCACUUCCAAAAGACACAGAGACCCCAGGACCAAGGCUCACAUAAAUGCCUUGAAAAUUAUGAUCUCAUUCCUCCUUCUCUAUGCAACUUACUUUCUGUCCUUUUUCAUAUCAUGGAUUUCUAGGAUACUUGAGAGCAAAUUGUCCUACAUAGUUUGUCUGACUAUUGGACUUAUUUAUCCUUCAAGCCACUCAUUUAUCCUGAUUCUUGGAAACUCAAAAUUAAGGCAGGCUUUUGUUUUCAUGUUGAAGCAGUUGAGAUGUGGUCCAAAACCUAAGACACUCACAAUUCCAUAA